UUCCACACUUUCAUAAACGUUAAAAUAAUGUUAUUAGGCAUAAUAAUAUACGUCUAAAUCUAUAAUGGGUUGUAUAUAGUUCUGUUGUUUCUGUGGUAUUAAAUUUCAUAUUUAUACAAAAAAUUUUUUUUAAUUCGUCUUGCAGCAUUACAUAACUUUACUGUAUUGUUACGUUUUGAUUUCAUGCUUUUUCUGACACUGACCGAACCGAUAACAUUACAUUGCACUGAUAAUGCGGCUUUUUCAAAGUUUUUAAUUUAUUUUUAUCAAUAAUAAUUUGUAUUUUGUUUGGAGAACGAAAACUACAAAGAUAACUUUGAAAAAUUGCAAUAUUAAAUAAUUUUGUUUCAUUUUACACGCUACUCGUGGUUAAUUAUUUCGAUCACAAGUCAACGAUCUUUAUUUAUCUUGACUACAGUCUUUUCAAAUAACCCGAAACAAUGUUUGUUUGUAAACUCAAUCCCAUGCGAUUCACCGCUAUUGCAAAGCAUCAAAGGCUUUUAUCGAGAGAACCAUCUAUCCUGUCAUCAAUUGCAUUGGCGAGGUUUAAAAGUAGUAAACCAUUUAACACUGGAAUUCUAUUUGUUCCACAACAAGAGGCAUGGAUUGUUGAACGAAUGGGUAAAUUUCGACGAAUUUUAGAACCAGGCUUAAACUUUUUGAUACCUUUCUUAGAUCGUGUUGGUUAUGUACAAAGUUUAAAGGAAUUAGCCAUUGAUAUUCCCAAACAAAGUGCUGUAACUUUAGAUAACGUAACACUCAAUAUCGACGGUGUAUUAUAUUUAAAAGUCAAUGAUCCUUACUUAGCAAGUUAUGGAGUUGAAGAUCCAGAGUUUGCAAUAACUCAAUUAGCUCAAACCACAAUGAGAUCAGAAUUAGGAAAAAUAUCUUUAGACAAAGUUUUUCGAGAACGAGAAAAUUUAAAUUUUGCAAUUGUUGAAAGCCUUAAUAAAGCAAGUGCAUCAUGGGGACUAAUAUGUUUCCGUUAUGAAAUUCGUGAUAUAAAACUUCCUAAUAGAGUACAAGAAGCUAUGCAGAUGCAAGUAGAAGCUGAAAGGAAAAAACGUGCAGCUAUUCUAGAUUCUGAAGGUAUUCGUGAAGCUGAUAUUAAUGUAGCUGAAGGAAAAAGACAAUCAACAAUUUUAGCUUCAGAGGCUGAUCAACAAGAGCAAAUUAAUAGAGCACAGGGAGAAGCCAAUGCUUUAUUAGCGGUAGCUGAAGCCAAAGCCAAAGGAAUAAAAUUGAUAGCUGAUGCUCUUAAACAAACAGAUGGUUAUAAUGCUGCAUCUCUCAAAGUAGCUGAAUCGUAUGUAGAAGCUUUUGGAAAACUAGCUAAAUCUACAAAUACAGUUAUUAUCCCUAGCAAUACUUCAGAUGUUUCAUCAAUGGUGACACAAGCCAUGUCUAUUUACAAAUCGCUAACAAGUAAGUCUAAACAAACAAGAAGAUCGAGCGAGGAAGACAAAUAAUCCAUUGUCAAUGAACUGAAUGCAUAUUAUAUCAUAUGAAUAUUUAAAAAGGGUUAAAACGAUGGUUACUAAAAUUCAUAAACAUUUAAGUGCU